AUGACAGGUGCUGUAACGGUUUUCUUCAUAUGCUGUCUACUUCAAGGUAGCUUAUGCCAGCACUGGGAAGCCUUCAUGCCCCAGACAGUAGAGGGACUGAGCGGAUCCUGUGUGAUCAUCCCCUGCAGUUUCAGCUUACCCUCAGAGUGGGAUCAACACCUGGAUGAUUCGUGUAAAGCCAUAUGGAAGAGAGGCAGCUGGAGUCGAACACAAGUGUUUGAUUCCAGCCUCACCGGAGCCAGUGCAAACUUAAACAUCCUGCAAGGGAACCUCACGGGGGUCCUGCGCGAGAGGGACUGCACCACCAUCUUCAACAACCUGCCAUCCAACCAUUAUGACAACUAUUACUUCAGACUGCAGUGUGACAACUCACUGAAGUUCAACUUUCAAACAAGUGUCCUUAUCACCGCUCAAGAUUCACUCCCCAGGCCUGCUAUGAAUCCAUCCAGGCUGGAGGUAGAAGAAGGGACUCCAGUGAGGUUGAACUGCUCGGCUGUUGCUCCCUGUCCGGUUCUCCCUCCGUCUCUGACAUGGACACCCAGUAUAGGCGACAUUGAGGAGAGCAUAGAAUCUAAAUCUGUGACCUCUGUUAUGAACUUCACCGCUUCUUACCUCCACAAUGGACAGAAGGUCUCCUGCACCACUCUCUACAACCGACAAGCUGGCAACAGCGACCUACUGUAUGAAAAAAGUUUGACCAUACGUGUUCUUUAUCCUCCAAAUAACACAUCGAUCAGUUACCCUGGUCCUGUUCAGGAGGGCAGCUCGGUGACUCUGACCUGCAACACUAAUGCAUAUCCAGCCGUGGACAGCUACACCUGGUACAAAGUGGAUGGAGAUCAGGUGACAGCUGUGGGUUCUAAGAAGAGGCUUUCAACCACAGUUUCAGAAGUCGACAGCAAAUUUUACUGCAAAGUCAGUAACAGAUACGGAACCCAGAACUCUUCCAUCACUCAGAUAGAUGUACAAUUUGCUCCCAAGGACACGACAGUAAUUGUCGAUCCUGCUGGUCCGGUACUGGAGGGCAGCUCUGUUUCUCUGCUCUGCGAUAGCCGUGCCAACCCACCUAUGACCAACUACACCUGGUACAGAGAUGAUGAGGAGGAUGAGGAGCGGGGACCAGUCUUAGAUCUAAACGGUGUCGACCCAAGCGAUAGCGGUGACUACCACUGUGAAGCAAAAAAUGAGCUGGGAGAAGGAAUUUCAGCGACAAUUCAGCUGGACGUUCAGUAUCCCCCUAAGAACACCUCAGUUUUGGUUGACCCCUCUGGUUCGGUGCCGGACGGCAGCUCUGUGACUCUGACCUGCACAAGCAUCGCCAAUCCAGCAGCGAUGAACUUCACCUGGUUCAGAGUAGCUGGAGGAGAAAACGAGAUGCUGGGUUCUGAGCCGGUAUUCACCUUCAAUGUGACCAAACUCUCCGAGGAUCAGUAUUACUGUGAAGCUCUGAAUGUCCAUGGAGCUGAAUACUCAGAACCUGCCAGUAUUGAUGUCACAUUUGCUCCAGAGAUCCUGCCUUCCUCCCGCUGCAUCAAGAUUUUAUCCCGUUUUCGGUGUGCCUGUGACGCCCAGGGGAACCCGACUCCCUCCCUGGUUUGGGAAUUGGCUGGGGAGCCGGUCAAUCACUCUGCUGACAUCCCAAUCAGGGAAGUUCCACUGGGGAGCGCUGGCAUGAGGAGCAUCAUCACUCUGUACCGUCUGGACAAAGACAUGCCCCCUCUAGUCUGCCUCAGCAUCAACUCACUGGGCUCUGAUAGUAUGGCCUUCAAUGUGUCCUCCAGCGAACCUCAGCUAGGCCUCCAUGCUGCGUCUCUGCUGAUUGGCUCUGCAGUGGGAGCCCUGGGGAUGCUGCUGGUGUGUGUCCCGCUGUUGCUCUCUUGCAGGAAAAGGAGAGGCAGCCUUUCCCCCAACCAGGCACUGGUGGACACUUCAGACCUUUUAGUCACAAAUGAGACCGACUCUUCACAAGUGGUUGUCAUUCAUGUCAAUAAAGCCAUUCCGGAGGCGGAAGUAGGAGGAAGUAAGAAGGACCCACUCCACUGCGCUAGUGGGGACUUUGAGAAACUCCCAGCCAAUACAGAGGGUAAGCUCGGGGAAGUGCAGGUCAGAGGCCUGGCCCCCGAGACGACAUAUGCUGAGAUCUGCCUGAACUCCAGAGGAUGCAAUGGUGAAGGGACAACGGAAAAAGAAACAGUCGCGGACACUCAUUUUGGACAUGGUAAAGGCGUUGACGGUCUUAUGAGACAGGUCAGUGACAAGGUGAUGGCUUAACUUUAGCUG